AUGAUUGUCAGUGGUUUGGUCCCGCUGGAGCCUAAAGUCCUCAAACCCCCACACACGCACUGGCCCCGGAAUCAGGGUCUUUGUGUGAAACAUCCCUGGGAGUGUCACAAGUGCCCCACCUCCACUGACCUGACGUGUGCAGAUGUAACUCGUGAUGAGAAGUUGUCUGAGAAGGUUGGCGUUGGUGAUCACGGCUUAUCUGCAAAUGAAGGAAAAGAGGAUGCACUGGAUGCCGAAGAGAAAUCACACAACGGAAGUGGAGAAAACGGCGAGCUGGAGGAUGCAGAAGGAUUGGUUGGUCAUUUAAAGUGGAUCCACCCGGAUCUGCCCAGCAGAUGCACCUGGAAGCUCGGCGCUCCGAAUUCAGAGUCACCUCACAGCCACCCGCCGUGCACCAAACCAUCAGCCAUCCUCCCCAACAUCCUCGGUCACAUCGGACACACGCCCCUGGUUCGCCUGAACAGAAUCCCAAAGGAGUUUGGACUCAAGUGUGAAAUCUUGGCCAAGUGUGAGUUCUUCAACGCGGGAGGAAGCAUCAAAGACCGUAUCGCCCUGCGGAUGGUGGAGGACGCCGAGAGAGCGGGCGUCCUCCGACCAGGGGACGCCAUCAUCGAGCCCACCUCUGGGAACACAGGUAUCGGCCUCGCCCUCGUCGCUGCUAUUAAAGGCUACCGCUGCAUCAUAGCGAUGCCUGAGAAGAUGAGCAUGGAGAAGGUGGAACUGAUGAGAGGUCUUGGGGCAGAAAUCGUGCGCACGCCUGCGACCGCAGCUUUUGACUCGCCGCAGUCUCACAUCCGUACGGCCUGGCGCCUGAAGAGCGAGAUUCCCAACUCACACAUCCUGGACCAGUAUCGCAACGCCAGCAACCCCCUGGCCCACUACGACACCACCGCUGAGGAGAUACUGGAGCAGUGUGACGGUAAACUGGACAUGUUGGUGGCCGGAGCCGGCACCGGCGGCACGGUCACGGGUCUCGCCCGUAAGCUGAAGGAGAAGUGCCCCGACAUCAAGAUAGUCUGCGUUGAGCCCGAGGGCUCUCUUCUGGCAGACUCUGCAGCCAAGGAUGUGAAAACUGUGUACGAGGUGGAGGGCAUCGGAUACGACUUCAUCCCCACCGUGCUGGACAGAUCGCUUGCUGACACGUGGUACACGGCUACGGACGUGGAGACGUUCACCAUGUCACGCAAGCUCAUCAGAGAGGAGGGCCUUCUCUGCGGCGGCAGCUCUGGCUCGGCCAUGGCAGCAGCGGUGAAGGUGGCCCGGCAGCUAGAGGAAGGGCAGCGGUGUGUGGUGAUCCUGCCCGACUCCGUCCGCAACUACAUGUCAAAGUUUCUGAGGGACGAGUGGAUGCAGGAGAAGGGUUUCCUCGGCCCGGAGGCGCCACUGGACUCCAAACCCUGGUGGUGGAACCAGACGGUCCAGAGUUUACACCUGUCCGACCCCCUCACCGUGUCACCGGACCUGUCCUGCCAGAAGACAGUCGAGGUCCUGAGAGAAAAGGCCUUCGAUCAGGCUCCUGUGGUUGAUGAGUGGGGGGCGAUCCUGGGGAUAGUUACUUUGGGGACUGUUCUGUCCUCUGUGCUGGAUGGGAAGGUCAAACCUUCAGAAGCCGUCGGCUCGGUGCUCUGCAAGGACUUCAGGAAGGUGCAGCUGACAGACCACCUGGGCACCUUGUCCUGCAUCCUCAAAACACACAACUGUGCCCUCGUCGUGCAUGAUCCCAUCAAGCAUGAGGGCGACGGCUCGGCUCGCUCCAGGCAGAGGGUGUUUGGCGUCGCGACCGCCGUCGACCUCUACAGCUACGUCACCUCAUGUGAGCGGCAGGAUCCCUCUGCGUCCGACAGCUCGCUCGUGUCUCCGUCCUGCUGA